GUUGGUUCUCUCAUCGGUUGAAAGGGUUGGUCUCCGGCAAUUGUGGGGAAGCAACGGACUUAAGCUACCUCCGGCAAUUGUGGGAAGCAACGGACUUAGGCUACCUGGAGCUUCGGUCUACGGCCUCAAAUCCGGGUCUCUGUCUGAGCACGACCACGCACAAUAUAAUUUCCGAGUAUAUAGAAGUAUGCGAGCCCUUGCAACACGUAACAUAACACAUCUUCCCGUCAAGAAACCCUCGACCCUAAAACAUCCUUAAGGAAACAACGAUGACAUCCACCGUCGUCUUCAUCACUGGCGCCAACACCGGCAUCGGCUUCCAGAUCGUCCGCGCACUCAGCGACUCCCCGCGGAGCUACCACAUCCUCGUCGGCGCCCGCUCGUCUACCAAGGCCCACGACGCUAUCCAAGCCAUCCAGACCGAAUUCCCCAGCUCGUCGAGUACACUCACCCCGAUCAUCAUUGACAUCGAAGACGACGCAUCCAUCCAACAUGCCUACGAAGAGAUCUCGUCAGCCCACGGUCGGGUAGACGUUCUAAUCAACAAUGCAGGCGCAUCCUUCGAAUCCCCGGCCACCCGCGGUGACCUGACGUCCGACCGCGACCUCUGGAACAGAACCUGGAAUGUCAACACGACCAGCACGCAGAUCGUGACCUCGACAUUCAUCCCACUGCUGCUCCAAAGCGACGAUCCCCGUCUUCUCUUCAUCACCUCGGGGACCGCCACCCUCGCCGGAACCGAGAACCUUGCGAUCGCCGUCAACCGGGCCCCGACCGCGACCGGGUGGCCGAAACCCCACUCCGGGCCCGGGGUGGGCGUGCCGGCCUACCGCAGCGCUAAGACCGGGCUGAACAUGCUGAUGCGCGAGUGGCAUCGCAUCCUGCAGCCAGACGGGGUGAAGGUCUUUGCCAUCUCGCCGGGGUAUCUUGCCACGGGGCUGGGGGGUAGUCCCGCGCUGAUGAGGGCGAUGGGUGCCGGGGAUCCGGCGGUGGCGGGCCCGUUCAUUCGGGCGGUGGUGGAGGGGGAGCGCGAUGGGGAUGUGGGGAGGGUCUUAAACAGGGACGGCAUUCAAGAAUGGUGA